CGGCAUCUUGCGUUUCGCCAUCUGCGCGGCCAGCCAGCACUCCAGCAGCAGCCAUUACUCCUUCAUGCUGCUGCCUGCUUGAACGAUACACUCUACCGCUGUAUUCGUACGCAACAACGGAAUUAUUCUACUUUAAAAAUUGCCAAAAAACAGGUAGUUGUUCGUUUCCGCCUUUCAGAAAAUCAGAAUUAUCGUUUGAAGAACGUUCCUCUAGUAAUUAAUCUGUAGGUGUAGUGUUGUAGUACAUAGUCACCGCACACAACACAACGCCACCAUUUCCAUUGAAACCAGUGAUCCCGGGGAGCAGGACGCUAUCGUUUUAUUUAUUUUUUUCGCAAAAGUUUUGUCGUGUUGCAGUGUUGGAUGUUGUUGGAUCAAUCACCCAUCAGGUUGGAAAACACUGUUAUUUGAUGAGAUUAUAGAUUUAUAGAUAGCAGUGAAACAGUAUUUAGAUGAUUACUUGACUUUUCAACUCACUUUUCAAAUAAAAUGCCUAAACUUUCCAGAUCAAAAUAUAGAAAAGCAAAAUUGCAUAGUGAUAUGAGUUUGGAAAAUAUAUGUGGAACUAAUAAUAAUCAAGAAAAUAAUGUUUCUUCUGAUGUUUACUUAAGUAAUAAUUUCCAAGCUGACAAUAAUGCUCGCAAUAAUGUGAAUAUACACGCCACACCACUCAUGGUAGCUUCUGAGAAUUUCAAUAAUGACUUAACGUUAGCAGAUCCCGGGGCAGAUCCUCCUGAUCUUGAUGGCAAUAAAGAAUUAGAUAUCAAUAUUUCCCUUUCACCUUUCAGAUUUAGAAGAUUCAAUUUCCAAUGUUGUCCAAAAUUUAGGAGUCAGUGACAAUAUUACAAAAAAAAAAGAUAUCACUUCGGAAUUAACAGAGUGGGCUUUAAAAUUCAACAUAUCUCAUAUUGCAUUGUCUGAUUUAUUAAAACGAUUGAAACCAACUUUUAAUGAAUUGCCCCUUGAUGCCAGAAGUUUACUACAUACACCUAGAAAUUUGGAAUAUAAAAUUGUUUUUCCUGGACAAUAUUUCCAUUUCGGCCUAGAAAAAUGUAUUAAGAACCUAUUUUGUUGUAUUAAAAACAAGCCUAUAGACAAAAUUGAGAUUUAUGUUAAUAUUGAUGGACUUCCACUAUCAAAAAGUUCUGGAUCUCAGUUUUAUCCAAUACUUUGCUCACUAGUGCAAAAUAGAAAUGUAGUUGACAUAAUAGGUAUUUACCAUGGAAAUGAAAAACCCAAAAAUGUGAACGAAUUUCUUAAAGACUUUGUGGAGGAAGUGAAUAAAUUUUCAGAACAGGAUGUACCGGCAAAGGCCUUUAUCACUUCUACUAAGGGGCAUAAUGGAUACUACUCAUGCUCUAAGUGUGAGAUUGAAGGGGUAUUUAUACAAAAUAGAGUUUGCUUUCCAAAUGUUAAUAACUUGGUUUUAAGAAAUAACUAUAAAUUUAGACAGAAAACUCAAGAAGAACAUCACUUGGGGGCUAGUAUUUUGGAAAAAAUACCUAGUUUAAAUAUGAUAGAUGAUUUUGUUUUAGAUCCUAUGCAUUUAGUUUACUUGGGUGUAGUUAAAAAACUCAUAGUUACACUUUGGUGCAAUGGCGCUCCUUCAAUUAAGCUAUCUUUCCGUGAAAUUUCAAACAUUUCAAAAAAAUUAUGUGAUUUAAAAUAUUGCAUUCCGGCUGAAUUUAAUAGAAAGCCACGGUCUAUGAUGGAAUGUAAGAGAUGGAAAGCCACAGAGUUUUACCAAUUUUUAAUUUACACUGGCCCCCUCGUUUUAAAAGAUAUUUUGACAAAAGAUAAAUAUUUAAAUUUCUUGUCUCUCCAUGUAUCAAUAUACAUCCUUUCCAGUCCAAGUGCUUCCACAGAAUUAACAAACUAUGCAAGUGAAUUACUGGAAUAUUUUGUCCAUACUUUUAGUCUUCUUUAUGGCCAAGAACACUGUUCCCAUAACAUUCAUAAUCUUCUGCACCUCCAUGCAGAUUUUACUAAAUUCGGUCCAUUAUUUAAUUUUUCAGCAUUUCCUUUUGAAAAUUUCAUGCAAAUCAUUUUAAAAUUAGUACGUAAACAAGAUAAACCUUUAGCCCAAAUUGUAUUUCGUAAAUCUGAACUCAAUGAUUUUCUCUAUAAACAAGAAUCAUCUGUUGAUGAACCUACUUUCAAAUCACGACAUUUUAAUGGACCUCUUAUCGAUAUUGACGAAGAAUAUGAGCAGUUUCAAAAAGUGCAUUGUCAAAAUUUCUUGUUAACUGUGGAAUCACCUGAUCAUUGCUGUUCAUUAAAAAAUGGAAAUUUAAUAUUAAUAAGAAACAUUUUAAUAAAAAAGGGUUUGCCAUAUAUAAUUGGACAUAGAUUUCUAAAUGUUUCUGAUUUUUUUACUGAACCUAUAAAAUCAUCUUUACUUGGCAUUUAUUUAGUAAGAAAUUUGGACAAACUCCAACAGUGGCCACUUUCCGAAAUAACUUCAAAAUGUUUGAAAUUACCAUUCAAGGAUGAUGUUUUUCUAGUGCUUCCACUCUUACAUCUAAAUUAACAUUUUGGGAUAGCUGGUAGUUUUAUGUCCUAGGAAGUGAUUUGCUUUAAUAUCAUUUAUUUUAUUUAUUCAUUGGUACACUUUACAAUGAACAUCACAGCUAACAUGAAUGUGUGUAUUUUUUCAAGUCUCGUUUAACCUAGGUACAAAAAUAACUGAACUUUAUUUCUUGAUAAUGUCUCAUAUUUUUCAAAACUCAUUCUCUAUCAAAAAAAAAUUAUAAAAUAUUUUCUAUAAGUAAAUUAAAAUAUUUAAAAAUGGUCAAUUAUCAUUCUAAGUAUAUGUAGGUAUACCAGCUAUUGUCUGCUAAUUCAAAAGCUAGUUUAUUUGAAGUUGUACAUUUGGUAUAAUUUUUCAAAUUACUGAAAUUCCGUUGCUCAUCGAAAAAAAAGGAUGGAUAAGACGUGGAGUGUAGUGCAGUUUGAGGAGGAAAAUGCAGUGGAAGCAGUGCCCUCCUCAUGGAUUUAUAAUAACAAAUGCUAUUGGCCGCCAUUUAAUAAGGAAAAACUACUAAAAUUUAUUAAAAAUAAUGAGGAGCCAAACACUUGCUGGCCACUGCACCCUGUGAAAAUAUUUCGUAAUGGAAUAUAUGAUGAUUAUCUUACGGCUAGGAAAAAAUGUCAGACUGCCGAAAUGUUCUCGGACCUCUGUUCAGAUACUGGUGAUGAAAAAUCCUCAAGAAAAAAGAGAACAAAAAAAGUUUUUUCGCCGGAAUCCAGCCCCAUUUCUACUAGUGAGGACGAAAAGGAAAGAGGCUGUAAGCCCAAAAAAAAUUCAUUACCACCGGCCCCAAUUUUGGUUGAAAAUCCUGUUCGUCUGGCUAAUUCUAAUGCAAGAGGUCCACGUUCAGAUGCCAAUAAUAUAUUAUCGCCGAAGGGAUCGUCAUCGUCUUCGACGUCUUCUCUAGGAAGUAUGACAUCGAAUUUAGGAUCAGCACUAGGAAAUGGUCGAGUAAUUGAACACCCUCGAUGUGACAAUACCAAUGAAAUCAGAGUGGACGUUUCAGCGACAGAAUCAGGCUGCUGCAAGAUGCAUGGAAAGCUUUUGACAGAUCUUGUCCGGAAACAAAACAUUUUAUUUCAAUACAUUAAAGAAAUUCAUGGCUAUACAGUUGAAAUGGAUCAAACACUCAAAAAAAUUGAUACCAAUAAUAAACCUUCAGAAAUAAAUGAAACUUGCAAAAUAAGUUUCAUUAAAGAUUUUAAUUUUCCUUUAAGCAACGAAGAAGAUUUAACAGGUUUUGAGGAGUAUUUAUCGAAUGAUGUUAAUUAUGCAAUUGUUGUUAAAGAAGUUGUUAAGAUAGGAGGGAUCGACAUUAACCAAUUCGUGAAACGUGGCCUGUCUUUCUGCAUCUCAAACCGAUUGGCGGAGACCUAUACUUACUUUGGAAAAAAAGGGAAAAAAAAUUUUUCAGAACUAAAACUAUGCAGUGUGUUGUUUGAUGCUGUUUUCAAAAAGUUUAAGGAUUCUUCUAGAAAGGACAUUGAAACUAGUAUCAAAAAUUGGAUGCGUAGAGCAAAAGAAAGGAAUAUGCCAAGACCGCAAAGCGCCACGUCGCGACAAGAAGCUGAAAUGGCUGCGAAAAGUUUAAGAGAGCUUCAAGCAGGCACUACUGAUCCAGUGCAAAGGUUACGACUAUUAUGUUUGUCCAGAGGAGCUACUGGUAUCUUGGGGUUAGGCAGGAUGUUUCGCAGGAUGGACGAAGACGGUAACAAAAAUUUAAAUCUGGAAGAGUUUACUUUAGGUCUGAAAGAAAUGGGCUUGAACAUCAGUGAUGAUGAAAUCAAAGAGAUGUUUGCAAAGUUUGAUACUGAUGGUAGCGGCAGCAUUAACAUGGAGGAGUUUUUGGUUCAUAUUAGGCCUCCCCUCAGCGAUUCCAGAAAAAAAGUCAUUGAGGAGGCGUUCAAUAAAAUGGAUAAAACAAAAGAUGGUGAAAUUACUAUUGAAGAUUUGAAAAAUGUCUACAAUGUUAAAUCACACCCAAGAUAUAUUUCUGGGGAAGACAGUGAAGAGGGUAUAUUAAAAAAAUUCUUAGGGAAUUUUGAACAGGACGCAACUAGGGAUGGAAAGGUAACCAAAGAAGAAUUCUUCAACUACUAUGCAGCAAUCAGCGCCUCAAUAGAUAACGACUGUUAUUUUGAUUUGAUGAUGAGACAAGCUUACAAACUUUAAAAACAUUACGUAAUAAUAAUUACUAUUACUCUUUUGCUGUUUUAAAACUUUUUUAGUGUUAAAAUGUGUGUUAACUUUUUUAAAACAAUAUUUAUCGUUGUUAGGAAUUUUGUGAGUAAAAUAAUAUUUAUUAAGUACAACAUCAAAUUUAUAUUAAAAUAUAUUUGUAAACUAAUAAAACUGAUACUAUAAUAAAAAUUGAAAAAAAUAAAAAUAAAAUAAAAUCUAUAACCCUAAGGGUUGAUAAUAAUAUUAAACUACUAAUUGCACUUGUUGAGAAAUUAUUUGUGAAUGGCUAAUUUCUAAUGGCAAGGAUUGUUCUAUAACUAGAGGUUAUUAAAAAAAAAAAAUUAGGUGUGUAUUAUUUAUGUUCCUAACAAGUGUGCAAAGAGACUUUGCGUACAUGCUGAAUCAAUGAAAUCAAAAUAAAUACUUAUAAAACAUUAAAAUUCGCCCUAUUGCCGAAACCCUUCACAAAUUGUUUUGAGUAUUGCCAGAUUAGAGAGAAGUAAUCAGACGUCGAAUCAGACUAAUGGAUUAUAUGUUUUCCUUAAUUGCGUUGCCUGAUUACAUAUAAAGUUGUUUAACUGGUGUAUUUUUUUGCAAAUUUUAACAAAAAGUUAAAUUGAACUUUAUUUUGUUAAACAAGCAAAAUCAAUGUUUCAAUAAUUCCUAUGUUUUGCAUAAAAAACUUCACAGUCCAGACUGCAAAAGUAACAUUUUUCAAAUGUUCGAUCUACAGAAGAACUGUGAAAGUCAUACCUAUUAUUUCUCAGAGGGAUUUCUUAACAUAAUUCAGAUGUGUACUAAUGUACAAAAAAUUUUAGCCCUCUUUUAAGCUUUUUUUAUCACAAGGUGAGAUUUUUCUGAGGAUUAACAUAAUCCAUGGGUAUUCUAGUAUUACAAUUCCCAUGCAAAACCACAAUGGGAUGAUCACAUUUAAAAUAAUAAUCGAAAAUUUCCCUAUAGCCAUGAUCCCUCCACCAUGUACACAAUUGCCUAUUGAAUCCGCAAUUUAAUGUUUGUAUAAGCUCAGGAUACUCAUAGCCUAAUAAAGUAUAAAAAUCUUGAUCUCCCAAAUGCCCCCUAAACUUAUAUUUUUCUGUCAUAUUUAUAACACUUUCUUUGGUGAUUAUUUUAGAAAAUUCUGUGGAAUUCCGUUGUUUUUCAAAAUCUACUAAGACCACUCCACUGUUGUAACCUUGGAAACCUUUAGGAUGGUUAGGACUGCUUGGACUUAAUGGUCGUUGAUGGUAAAAUUCACCAAAAGUGGUUUUAUGUUUGCGUUUGUACAUGUGCAGAAUGUGUUUGUAGACUGGAGUUAGUUCUGGGGCCAAGCCAAAAAAGGCAGUAGAUUUGAA